AUGGACGAUUUGGCACGUUCGUUUGAGCCGACCACAAUCCAACAGAUGGAACUGACGGUUCUCAAGCGACUGGACUGGCGGCUGGCGUGCGUCACGCCCUACACGUACUUGGAGGCGGUAGCGUGGGACUCGCAGUUGCACCGUGCGUGCGCCGUCGAGCUCCUCGUCGCCGCUUUAUUAGAUGCCAGAUUUCUCGGAUUUAAUGCGUCCAGCGUGGCAGUGUCGGCGCUGAAAGCUGGGGAAGGAGGCGGAGCUGCUGCUCUUGCCCUCCUCUCCAUUGAAGCCGACGCCAAGGUCGGCCGGCAGGUCAACGAGGUAGCAGAAUGUCAACGAAUGAUGCGAGAUCUGGAGACGACGACGACUGACGUGAGCAUCUUUCUGCACAGCCCCAAAGCUGCGAUAUCUAUGCAAACAGCCCCUGAAUCUAGUGCUCUGAGCUUCUCCACAGCCCCUGAGCUGCAGGGUCCAGUUUUGAAGAAACAAAAGAGAGAAGAGAUCGAUGAUGAUCCACGAAGAAUCAAAAUUUCAUAA